AUCAGUUACAAGAAACGACCCCUCAAGAUGACGGCUCUUUUCAACUUCCAGUCUUUGUUGCUGGUGUUCCUCCUCCUCAUCUGCACAAGCGCGUACGCCCACCAGCUGUUUCCAGGGAUUAUGGACAGGAAUAAGAAUGGUGUCUUGGGUGUCUUCUGGAAAUGUGCGCGGAUAGGAGAAAGGCUGAGCCCGUAUAUAAGUAUAUGUUGCCUGCUCAUGGCUGGCUCUCUUCUCAUUGGCAACUAAAGCAACUACGAUUAAGAAUACUGGCGUUUGGGAAUUCACAUGGGAGAUAUACCUUUAUAGUACGGUAUCGAUGAGCGACUUCGAUAAGAGCAUUAUAAUGUCAUAAUGAAAACGAAGAUAUUGUGUACAUCAGUGUAUACUAUCGCCUCGAGCCAUUGAACUUCGCACUUGAUUUUAUUAUUGUGGUAUCGAUUCAGUUGAGAGCGAUACCUCUGAGUCCUCCCAGAUAUCUCUGCUCUCCUUUUCCACGGCCUUCAUCGCAUCGGCGACGACCUGCAGUUUCGCUACCACAUCAAGAACUCCAC